AUUUGUGUAAAUUAUGCAAUAUGAAAUUUCAAUCCAUUUCGAUAAUCUUUCAUGUUGAUAAUGAUAUAAAUUAAAAGUAAAUAAAUAAGGAAAAAUUUAAAAUUUUCUGCUUCCGGGGGUUGAAAAUUAAUUAAAGUGCAUUUUGUAGUUAAAAUUUACUUGAGUUUGCAGAAAAUAAUGUACGAAAACUUGAGAAGUGCCAUGGAGAAAUAUUCCGAUCCAAGAACCACAAAUUGGUUUAUGAUGAGUUCGCCACUUCCAACAGUUGCUAUGAGUUUAACUUACAUUUGUGUUGUAAAGAUUAUUGCACCACGAAUGAUGGGAAAUCGCAAACCAUAUGAUGCAAAAGGAAUACAAUUGUGCUACAACAUUAUUCAUUUAUCAAUAAAUCUAUAUUUGUUUCAUGAGGCUUGUGUCAAUGGCUGGCUUACUGGCUAUAAUUAUCGAUGUCAACCUGUUGAUUUCAGCAUGACUGGCACACCAUUGAGAAUUGCACGAGGUUGCUACAUUUACUAUUUAAGUAAAUUUACAGACUUCUUUGAGACAAUAACUUUUAUAUUGUUGAAACGUUUCGAUAUGGUGAAUUUGUAUCAUGUCGCACAUCACAGUAUAAUGCCAUUCUCUGUCUGGUGGGGUGUUAAAUUUUUAGCAGGAGGCCAUUCAACCUUUUUUGGCUUCAUCAACACGGGAUUUCACUGCAUGAUUUAUAUUUAUUUUAUACUGGUAACUGUUUUUCCACAAACAAAGAAAUUUUUUUUCUGGUGGAAAACUUGUUAUCCUUGGAUGCAGAUAAUACAAUUUGGAGUGAUAUUUUUACAUGCCAUGCAGCUCUUAUGGAAAAAUGAUUGUAAUUAUCCAAUGGCAUUUGUGUACUUCAUAGCAGCUCAUGCAGUGCUGUUCUAUGUGCUGGUGAAUGCAAAAAUGCGAAUGGAUGCAAAGAUAAAUAACUUUAAAAAAAUUGACAAUGGAAGAUCAAAAAUGUUUGAAAAUCGUCACUCUGAAGGAAUCUUUAAUAAAAGCAGCAACGGGGUUAGAAAACGAAAUAUUUCUGAUCAUUAGAAAAUUAUUUGGCAUUCUAUAUUUACAAUAAACAGGGAAAUAUUUUAAGUGCCUUAUUUGACAAGCUCAAAGGGGAUUAAAUGUUAGAAGACUUAAUUAUAAGUUCGCUAUUUUAAAUGAAGGCUUUUUCUGUCAUUAAUUAAACUUCCAUGUUUAAUGUACUUUUUAAUAGGAAAUAAAAGAUUCAUAGGAAAAAUAAAGGAAUGGAAUAAAUUUUACAGUUU